AGAUUACCAUGUGAAGUGCCCGUAUGCUCAGUGCACGCAAGCGCGAAGGGUUCCACUUUGGCGGGUGUUUCAUUGUAUGCUGUAUGCAAUAAGAAAGAACCGCCGAAAUCAGAGCACAGAUUGAGCAACGUGUCACUGGGAGUCAAAAUUGGACGUACUGGAUUUUAAAAACUAGAACAGACUUGCUCUCUAUUCACGAGCGCCGCUGCCUUUGAUCAGGUUCAUAGUUUGAUCUGAAUAGCAAUAAUAUUGGAAAGGAAGAAACAUGGAAAAGGAACCUACAGCGAGUAGAUCAAAAGCUAUGGGAAAGAAAGACAAAAAAGAGGACCCACCUACCCCUGAAGUUGAAGAAGAGGAAGAAGAAGAAUAUGAAGUGGAAAGGGUGGUGGAUGUACGGGUACGAGGAGGACAGAGAGAGUACUUGAUUAAGUGGAAAAAUUAUCCUGAUUCAGAGAACACCUGGGAGCCAGAAAAUAACUUGGACUGUCCAGAUCUUAUAGCAGACUACGAGGAAAAAAGAAAGAAAGAAAAGGACGAUAAAAAGAAAAAGCAAGCCACAAAGAAAAAGGCAGAGGACAGAGAUGACGAUGAAGGCACAAGUAAAAAGAAGAAAAAAGUGGCAGAAGAAGAAGAACACAAGCCGCGAGGAUUUGACAGAGGUCUGCAGCCUGAGAGGAUCAUAGGUGCCACAGACAGCAGUGGGGAACUCAUGUUUUUAAUGAAAUGGAAAGACUGUGACGAGGCAGAUCUGGUUCCAGCAAGACAAGCCAAUGUAAAGUGCCCACAGAUUGUAAUUCAGUUCUAUGAGGAGCGACUCACGUGGCACAAUCAAAAUGAUGAGGAUAAAGAUGAUUGAUGCACCCUUGAAUGGAAAAUAAAAGACUAGACAAUACUGUGCAAAAACUAUGUCGCACACUGAACAUUUCCUUUUAAGCACUAUGGAACCUUCUAUGGAAGUAUCACUGAAUUUUGUAUUUUACAAGGUUUUCAACAACCUUCCAUGAUCUGGGGAGUUUUUGAAAUAUAGAAAAAAUCCCAGGUGACCAGCUCACUCAUAACAUGCCCAGUAAUUUGCUUGUUUCCUUGUCAUACAUGUGAAGGGAUUGUCAAAAUGGUAAAGACAAAUUUGGAAAAUGUGCAAGACUUUCUCUUGGAACCUUGUGAACAAAUACUGGUUGAAGUUUAGAUUGUGUUGUAUCUCAAAUGUUUUUUUUUUUUUUUUUUUUUUUUUUUUCAAAAUAUUCUCCAUGUUAUUUUGAGAUUGACAUGUAAGUAUGUUGGAUAAGGAAAACAAUACUGUUCUGCAAUUAUUGUUUUUACCCAAGUAAGAAGGUUGCUGUAUUGCAGAUUUUAGAAUACAACGUCUAUCUUGAAUUCUGGUCUCUUAAAAUUUGAUGUGAACAUGAUUUCUUUGGAAAUACAAAGUAUGGAAUUGAUGAUGUCAACAACUAAUGUACCAGGAAUAUUUUUUCUCUGUGAGCUGAGUGAUUAUAUUUCCAGUCUGAGAUCUUAUGGUCUUUUUAACAUAAUAGUAUAGAAAUAUUUAUCAGUUAUAUUGUAGACCAAUUUUAUGUCAGGUGCAGUUAGAUCCAAUAGCUGUCUGAAAAUUUGAGAAGUCAAUAAAAUUAUUUUAUUAUCUGAU